CUGGAGUACUUAUAGGUCUCUUACGCCAUUUAACAGUAUAGACAACAUGGACCUCCCAAACAAACCGGGCAUCCCAAUUUUAAGUCUUGAAGAAAUGCCUUACCUCUUUUACUUUAGAAUGCUGAGAAAAUUUGACCCGGCACUGGAGAACUUGACACGGGGAAUACAGUACAGAAUCAUUGAUAGCUUACUGCCCAUAAAGUCGAGAAGCAAUUUAGAUCCCGUGAUCAAAACCGAAGCUUUUAUGAAAAUCGUGUUCGACAAGGUCGGCGUCGGCUGUUUGAUACCUCCCGAACUCCCAAAUCUAAGAAAAUUUUCGUACACGCAAGACCAGAUUUCUGCCUGGAAGCAAUUGUUUACCUGCCCGCUGGGCGUUUCGGACGAUUCUUUAUCCAAGAUUAUCCGACUGGUACGAAAGAGACCUAACCAGGAGAAAGAUAUUGAGGUAAUCGGAAAUGGAUGUGUGUUUUUCAUAGCGUCGUGGUCGUUUUCAUCGGCCGAACUCGACCGUCUAAUAGAAUAUCUCAAGUGGGAAGAGAUUACAUUCGAGGAGUUGCAGACAUGGUCGAAGUUUGUCACUUCGCGGAGUAAUCUUGGACCUGACAAUCGUCUAACCGUCCGGUAUAUUGGUUCCCGCGCAGUAUCAGGAGACGCUCCGUUACCACGCACGACCCUUCAGAUGAUAAGAGAAGAGUUUCGUAGUCCCUUUUCUGGAGUUCUCCCGGAGUUCCUAGAGGGAGCAUUACUCGUGGUAUUCAACACCGAGUCGCUUCUCAACCGCAACCGGGAACCGCCCUUAGAACUUCAUCACUUGCCCUGGACCGAAUCCGGCUUCUUCAAAACUGCAUAUCGCGGAAGCACCCUGACUUCAACAUCUUGCUCCUCCGUUCAUAUACAAAACGAGUCCAGGCGGCUGAUAGAACAUAUAUACGUAGCUUCUACGUCUAGAAGCAAUUGCCACAGCUUCCCGAUCGACAUGACCAUGGAGGCGCGCGAUGCUAUCAUACAACAGGCGGUCCCUUUCGAACCUGAAGGGGAGCGACCCAUACUAUCAUUUGCUGUAAAAAGCAUCCCUCCAGGUGAUAUCAUAUACGAAAAACAGUACCUCGAGGGGACAACUAUUGAUGUAUCGCUUAUGAAGAUUCUGAUCGAGAAGAUGAUCUUGGGCGGGAAGAAGAAUGAGUUUCAUGCCAAUAUUGUCCCCUUUUAUUGCUUUACGCCUUGGUAUCCGCGGUUCGACCCUAGGCAUAUGGAGGAGUACAGUGCGCGGAUGUGGGAUUACAUCAGAACUACUCGUCCUGUAAUUUUCGUUACUCUGGGGAAACGAAUGGCUCAAGUCGUCCAAGGAGCUUCUAGCACAGGCACACCUCAGGACUCGGAAUCGAUCUUAAGAUACGUAAGAUACGAAGAAUCCGGAUUCAUAACCAGAAUCAUAACCAUAUCAGGACCAGCCGAAUCAGAAAAAGGCUCUUUCAGCUUCAUAUACAUUCCUCUCCUCGACCCUGGGCGGUACAAGUAUACGACGACGGAGGAAGUACGGAAAGAGUUCCUGUGCUACAUGGCGUAUUCUUUACGAUACGUAGUCCUAGUAGCAGAUACCGCGAAGACAUACAGGGACGAAAUGCGGUUAUCCGGAACGAAGGUAGACGAGGGCAGCGAGAAAUUUUGCAAAGGAAUUAUGCGGCGGGUACGACGUAGACUCCAAAAUUUCUUGGUACUUCCCUUCACGAAAGGCUUGAGAAAGGCGGAUUUCCGUAUCAAGAGGCUGGCUGUCCAGAUACCGAUGAUGUUUUGA